AUGAUGAACGCGACCACGCAAAGUAGAAGUAGCUGCCCGAUCUGGGAGUCGAGGACGGAGUCUGGCUCCAGACCAUACAAUCCCGAGGGCGGAACCGUUCAGGAACUUCUCGAGCGCCCUUGGGCUGGCGCCACCAACAUUGAGCAGCAGCUUGGGGCGGCGGCUGCAGAUCGGCUCCAAAUCGCAGCAGUCCAGGUUGCAGCUCCACUCCAACCACAGGCAUCAAUAGCACCACCGACGACGAAAAAGCAGGAGAAGACCAAGAAGAUCCAAGCAUGUUAA